AUGCGCUUGACCGUCGAGCUCAUCCAGAAUUCCCUCUCAUACAUUAAUCCGCUCAAAGACCGUGAGUUGGAUCUCCGAGGGCACAAGAUCCCCGCAAUUGAGAACUUGGGUAUUGCCAAGGAUCAAGAUGCAAUUGAUUUCACGGACAACGACCUCUCUUCCCUCGGGAACUUUCCUUUCUUCCCUCGUCUUCGUACCCUCCUCCUUGCGCGCAACCGAAUUAAUCACAUCCAACCUAACCUGGGCUCAUCAAUCCCGUCUCUGACUACCCUGGUGUUGACAUCGAAUAACCUGUCCGAACUGGCGGAUGUUGAAUCGUUGCGCACCCUUCAUAAACUCACACAUCUGGUCCUAUUGGAGAACCCUAUCACACGGAAGGAGAAUUAUCGAUACUGGAUUAUUUGGUUAGCACCCUCGGUUCGAUUCCUUGACUACCAAAAAGUGAAGGAUGUGGAGCGUGCAAAGGCCAAGGAACUGUUCGGAACUGUGCAGCAACCCUCCGCCCUCGCCUCCAAGAUCAUGGGUAUCAAGUCCCGGGCGUUCGAUGCCUCCAGCGCUGCUGCCACCACCGGCCCAACCGAAAAGGCUAUCCGCGUCAAACUGACCGAUGCCGAGCGAAAGCGUGUCGAGAAGAUGAUCCGUGAUGCGAAGAGCUUGCAAGAGAUCACACGACUGGAGAAGGAAUUGAACGAGGGACGGAUACCUGGCGGAGCCUUCGGCGCUAGUGACGCCGAUGGGGAUGAGACGAUGCAGAUGUGA